AUGAUGCCCGAAAAUGUUUCAAAAAUUGUUACAUGGGUUGUUAAUCUAUUAACAAUCAUCAUUAAACUACUUCCAUCCAUUCCAAAUUUUGAUACAAGAGGUAUACUUGUUAUUAUUUCAUUCGGUGUUCCUCUUGCAAUUGAUUUGGCCACGGUCUGGUUUGUCAAGCCAUUUUUAUUUGCAAUAUUACAUAUUGUUGAUGUUAUUGCGUUAGUUUUACUAUCAUAUUCGAUUGCUGUUUUUGUUUUUGGCAGUGCAACAACACUUUACAUCCUAUUAUUCACAUUUUCAUUAUUAUACAUAAUAAUAAGAUUCACAAUAUACUUAUUUACAAGAAAACCAAAGAAAAUGACAAUACAAGAGAUCGUUCAGGAUAUCAAAAAUUAUUUUCUUGCAGGAAUUUUACCUGAUGUCAAAAACAACAAAUCAUUCUUUGAGAUCGAUUCAGAACUACGCGAAUUUUCAGGUUACAUUGAAAUUAGUGCUAUUGUUCCAAAGAUUUGGGAACCAAUAGCAUAUGUUGUUUCUUCAAUUGUAAUUUUGAUAGUAUCAUUGAUAUUAGGUGUAGUUAUAAAGAUCCCUGGCUUUAAAGUACCAGUUAUUGUUCGUUCAAUUUUGCCAUUUAUUGGAUACGUCUUUGCAAUUAUUACUUUCAUUAUUGGAAUUCUUAAGUUUUUCCUGUGCGGAAACAGGUUUUUAUUAUCAGUUAAGAAGUUUGCAAGAAGAUGGGCAGUUUAUUUGAUGAUGUUCCUGCUUUCAAUGCUCUACAUCCCAAUCAUUACAUCAUCCUCUGACUCUGUCGGUGUCACGAAGUCUUCUUGUCCAGUUGGAACUUUCCCAAAUAAAACUAAAAAUUUGGACGAUCCUUUUGACAUGUUUGUGUCUCAUACGUUCGAAUGUUUGCCAUGUAACUUAACAGCACAUGUAAAUAGCUCGUAUUGCUCAGCAACGUGCAACGGAAUUAAUUUUACAUCAAUAUUAAAAGAAAAAGACCUUCAUUUUGUUAAUGAUGUUCUGUAUCCAUGUUUGCCGGCAAUGAUAUAUUGUUUAGUGAUCUUUGUUCUAGGAAUUCCGUUUCUUUGGUGGUAUAUUAUUUACAAAAACACAAAAUUGAUGAAAUUAAUACCAGCAUACGGAUAUUCCACUGAAGAUAAAUGGAAUACUCUUACAAGCAGAAUGAAAUCAACAGGAAUUUAUCUUUUUGACGAAUUUCGUUACAACAUGGAAUUCUGGAGCAUUUAUGACUUCUUUGCCAAAGCUAUAAUCGUCAUAAUUGCUUAUUUGGCCAAACAUUUUGAGCCAAAAGUCGUAUUUGGAUUUCCGAUUUAUUUCUUAGUUUUCUUUGUUGUUCUUUUAAUUGUUACACCUUACAUCUUCAAGCUCAAUAAUAUAUACGAUAUAUCUUUGUACUUUUUCAACUUCCUUUUCACAAUUAUUCCAUUAAUGUAUCAUUUUGGUGUUAAAAUACCAAUUUGGCUCUUCUAUGUUAUUUGUGCAUUAGCGCUUGCUAUUCCUUUCAUUAUUAUUGCUAUUCUUGUCGUUGUUUUCAGACAUAAGAAAUCUCAUAUCAACAAUUUUGAUCCAACCAUCGUUAAAAAGCUCUCAAAACGAGAAGUUGCUGAUAGAAAUGCCAGAAUUCAAUCAGGAGCUGCUGUUUCAAUGGAUAAAUUUUUCAUGCCAGUUUCUGUUAAGAAUAACAUGAAAAAUGAGGAUAAUAAACCUCGCGGAAUGCAAGGAAAUAACAAUGACAAGCAGAAAAAUGCCGAAGAAGAGGAAGAAAAAGUUGAAUAUUAUCUUGAUAACAAGAAAGACGAUAUGGAUGAAUUUUCCGAUGAAGAGUUCAAAGGAGCCGACUUCUAUAUGGGAGAUAAUGAAGGAAUGGCCCUAGAUAACCGUAGAAUGAGUGUAGAUUUAAGCGAAAAAUUAUCUUCACCAGAAGAUGCGAAAGAAGGAAAAGUUUCUGCGAGUGGACAGCUUGAAAUAGAAGAAAAUGAUCGGAUCAAGCUUGAAAACCUCAAAGAAAUGUUGAAUAUCGACGCAUUUGUUUAUCAGAACUUGCCAGAAGACUUUGACACAAUCACAGCAUCAAUUCUAUCCACAAUUGAAGAAAUAGAUGCUGCCAAUGCAGAUCUUGACAACUUUGUUCCCCUCAAAAAAGAAAAUAUCUUCUCAGUCAACAAGCACAUGCUUGCAAGAAGAAUACAAGCCAUGUAUCAAGUCAUGGACAUCAUCCUUGACGGUAAUACAAUGGAAUAUUUAUUCAAAAUUCUAAAUUUAGCUGUAUUAGUAGGUUCACUUAUCUUUGGAUGGUAUAGUGGAUCAAUCAUACAAUAUUAUAAUCGUACCUAUGAAAAUUGUAAUUAA